GUAAUUGUACAAUAAUUUGUAUCAUAUAUACCAUGGUAUUUCAUCAAAUACUAUUAGCAACAGUGUUACUCGGAUCAGUAACGACACAUGCUGAUGAUGUCGACGACGAUCUUAGACAGGAAAUGGCUCUCCUAAAAGAGGUUGUGCGCGAUCAGAACGUCCGUCUGUCCGCCAUGGCCGCCAUCUUGGAGAAACAGGAAGCCUUCCUUUCACAAGUGGACGCCCUUCGACAGGAAGUAGUCCAGCUUAGGAAAGAAGCAGGCAACAAAUCGAGAGGUCGCCGUCAGAGCGAGGCGGCUGCGUUCUCAGCGUACCACGCCAGACAGGAAGUCCUCCACCAGGGCGACACGCUCAAGUUUAGCCAGCCGAUUUACAACGAAGGCAGUAUGUACGACCCGCAGACCGGCGUGGCCACGGCGCCUAUGGACGGCACCUACAUCUUCACAAUGACCAUCGAACACUGGGAGACGCAAGAGCUCCGCUGCUACCUGAUGGCGGACGGCACCAACAUGGUGGAUGUAAUAAUCUAUCCUAAUGGCAGGAGUACGCAGUCCAGCAACACGGCCGUCCUGGGGCUCACUUCAGGACAGCGCGUGUGGGUUCAGUGUGAUGACGGUCAGGUAUUUGGCAGCGAUGGUUUUCGGGGGACGACCUUCUCCGGGGCGUACUUGUAUUAAUGCUGUCACUUACUUGUUUAUAAGGCAAUUAUGAAUAAUUAAA